GCCAUAGCGCCUCUGGUUUACCAACAUGGCGCUUAGCCCGUCUCGUGUCUUUGCUACACUUCUACCGACUGCUGCUGAUGUUUACGGAGAGGAAAACGAAUCAGUAUUUAAUCGGGUCGCCAAACAGACGUCUUUUCAUCCUCAAAGCAACAAAAGAGUGGUUCAGGUCACGGGCUGUGCCGAGUUAUCGUGUCCUCCUGAUCGGGCCACCGUUACAAUCAGCGUCAAAAACAGUAAAGAAAAUGUUAACGACGUGACUAAUAGCGUGACGCGAAGACUGGAGUACAUACUGCAGACUGUGAGACAGCAUGAUGUCAAGGUAGACAACAUCACUGUAGCCAAACAUUUACAAAGAGAGGAGGAGCUCUUCCACAUGCAGGCAGAGGUACAAGUGGUGUUUUUAGACUUUGAAAAGAUGCAGCAUGUGCGUUCAGUUUUGAUUGAGAAACUUGACAAAAGUGUGUGUGUUGGUGACCCCCAUUACACUCACAGUGCUGAAAGCCUCAAUUUGUUAAGACGGCGUGUAUGUUUGGUAGCUGUGGACAAUGCCCGGCUCAAAGCCAGCGAGGCGUGUGGCAUUCUGGGGCAAGCUCUGGGACGCCCCCUGCUUGUACGUGAGGAAGAGUCACGAGAGUGGACAAGCAGCCAAGAUGAAGUCACUGGCACUGCUCUAACACUGCAUCAGAGGGCUGGGGUUACAUUAGUCUCUGCCUCUUCACGAGUAUUUGUGACCUUUGAAUUACGACCAAAGGACAGAAAUAGGAAAUUGUGAUGUUUUUGUUUAUAAAUAAUAAAUUAAAAUUACAUGUUGA